AUGGUGACUGAAUACGUGGAAAUGGGAUCAUUGUAUCAUUUAAUCCAUGUGAGUGGGCUGAAAAAGAGACUCAGCUGGAGAAGGAGAGUGAAAAUGAUAUGUGAUAUAUGCAGUGACUACUUGUUCAAGCUUUUGCUGAUUGGAGAUUCUGGAGUUGGAAAAUCAUGUCUUCUUCUGAGAUUUGCUAAAUUGCUGUUCUGUUGUUUGAUUCUCCUCUUGAGCUCUGUUCUGUUCCUCACUGUCACUGCGAGAUCGCCGAUCUUCAAGGCACUUCCAUCAAUUGAAAAGGACAACAUGCCUUUGCUCGAGGGCCAUCUGCCAGGGAAAGACGGUGUGAUUACCACACACUUUUACGACUAUCUACCUGUAGCAAUUUGUUGUUGGAACUAUUUUGAUGCGCAUGAGUGGAAGUCUAGAUCAUAUUUGCUGUCCUUAGAUAAUAUAAUUGAUUUACUUUCAAUUUUUCCCCCUGAAAAGGCUGUUGCUUAUGAAGAACAGCAUCAUGAUGAUAAGAUAAUGACUGUUUCUCUAUGA